GAGCUAUUUCCAUCCAGUGGGAACAGGUGCGGCGUCCCCAGCGCUCCCCGCCCAACACUUCAUCGCGCCGCCGGCCGCGCUCCCCAUAGGCCGUGGGCCGCCUCCCUGGGGGCGGCCUCCGGGCGGCUCCAGCCUAUAAAGGCGCAGGGUUUUCUCAAUGAAGCCGGGACGCACUGCGGGGUCGGGCCCAGCCGGGUACCAGGGAGUCGGGAGUUGGCCUGCCAACAGCGGUCCCCGCCGCCCCUCCGCGCGGAGAUGAACAUGACCAACGGCGGCAAGACCACACUGACCAACAGCCUCCUUAAGUCACUGCCCAACUGCUGUGUGAUCCACCAGGAUGACUUCUUCAAGCCCCAAGACCAAAUAGCAGUUGGGGAGGACGGCUUCAAACAGUGGGACGUGCUGGAGUCCCUGGACAUGGAGGCCAUGCUGAGCACCGUGCAGGCCUGGAUGAGCAGCCCCCAGAAGUUCGCCCGUGCCCACGGGGUCAGUGUCCAGCUGGACGCCUCAGACACCCACAUCCUCAUCCUGGAAGGCUUCCUUCUCUACAGCUACAAGCCCCUGGUGGACUUGUAUAGCCGACGGUACUUCCUGACCGUCCCGUACGAAGAGUGCAAGUGGAGGAGAAGUACUCGACGCUACAUGGUCCCCGACCCCCCCGGCCUCUUCGACGGCCACGUGUGGCCUAUGUACCAGAAGUAUAAGCAGGAGAUGGAGGCCAAUGGCGUGGAAGUGGUGUACCUGGACGGCAUGAAGUCCCGCGAGGAGCUCUUCCACCAAGUCCUGGAAGACAUUCAGAACUCGCUUCUGAACCGCUCCUAGGUGUGGCUGGAGAGGAGGGGCCCAGCCCCCAAUGCAGGGACCCAGACACAAUUCCGGCCACAGUACGGCCAGGCUGGCGGCAUCCCAGCCAGACACUGCGUGACCAUUUCCCUUUGGGGAAGUCUGUACAUAUGAGAGUGGAGGCCCCACUCACAGCCCAGCAUCUCAGGGCCCAGGCAUUCUGCCCCGAGAUGCUUCUGUAACCUCGAUGGCGGCUUACGUACUAAACCUGAUCCUGUUUUCUAA